AUGACCACCCUAUCAACUCCAUCCGAUGUCCCAGAGGACGCCACACUUCUGAAUAAGGACAUUAUAGAAUCAACCAAAGAACCAGAACAAGUCGCUUCAUUUACGCCUGGCCAAUGUCUCUUUUGUCCCACAUCAUCACCCACUCUCGAGGAGGGCAUGAUUCACAUGCAAAAGUCUCACGGCCUAUUCGUUCCACAGCAAGAACAUCUCACCGUCGACCUUGAAACCUUUUUCAGAUAUCUGCAUCUUGUUAUCUUCAAUUAUCGAGAAUGUCUUCACUGCGGAACAUCGCGGUCUACAGUUCAAGCUGUCCAGCAACAUAUGACGGGCAAGGGUCAUUGCAAGUUUGACGUGUCAGAAGACUCAGAAUUUGCCGACUUUUAUGACUUUUAUCAGACUGAAGAUGAUCUAUCAGAUGAGUCUGUCAAUGAAGAUGGUAGCAAAAAAGAGUCCGAUCACAAGCCAUUGCAAAUAGACCAGGAUUCAAUGCGACUACCAUCCGGAAGACUCAUCUCUAAAAAGUCAUCAGCACAAGCAGAGCCCUCUCUCCUUCAAACGCGCCGUCGACUACGUACAACAGUGCCACAGAUAGAAUAUGUUCCAGCUGGUAGCGAUGAUGAGGUUGAUACAAGCAACGAAAUCUCUACUCCAGACACCCAAGUAUUGACCAGGCGCGAGAGACGACAAAAGGCGACAGCUGCACAUCAACUAGCGAACAUGAGCUCCGGUGAUCGUUCAGCUUUGAUGCAUCUAUCUUCCGCUGAACAACGCUCACUCAUAACUACGAAUCAUAAAUUCACAGAAAAGGUGAAGAAGGAGGAAGCUCGAAGUCAGCGAAGACUUGAUAGGAAGGGAAACAAGAACUUGUAUGCUUAUUGGAAUACUGAAACACCAGUGUAUCAGUGUGGUUAG